CACCAACGCCGCUACUAUUGGUAGACAUUCUACGACGUCAUAGUCAUUGUUAAAAUCCUAAGCUUCGUGUUUUCUCUUCAAAAGUGGACGUCUUAGGACAUCGAUAUGGGUGCUUACAAAUAUAUGCAGGAGCUGUAUCGUAAGAAACAAAGCGAUGUGCUUCGUUUUUUACUACGUGUUAGAUGUUGGCAGUAUCGUCAGCUCACCAAAAUGCACAGAGCACCCAGACCAUCCCGGCCUGAUAAAGCACGCCGCUUAGGAUACAAAGCGAAACAAGGUUUCGUCAUCUUCAGAAUCCGUGUGCGCCGUGGUGGUCGUAAACGUCCAGUGCCAAAAGGAGCAACUUAUGGCAAACCUAAGAGUCAUGGUGUAAACCAGCUGAAGCCUACUAGAAAGUUACAGUCCGUUGCAGAAGAACGUGUUGGAAGACGCUGCGGAGGAUUAAGAGUAUUAAACAGCUACUGGGUAGCGCAGGACUCUUCUUACAAAUAUUAUGAAGUCAUUUUAGUCGAUCCAGCACAUAAAGCAAUCAGAAACGAUCCUAAGGUUAAUUGGCUGUGUCAAGCCGUUCACAAACACCGUGAAUUACGCGGUAAAACAUCGUCCGGUAGGAGUUCUCGUGGGCUUGGCAAAGGACACAGAUUCUCGCAGACAAUUGGAGGAUCUCGAAGGGCAGCCUGGUUACGAAGAAAUUCCUUGUCACUCCGUAGAAAGCGUUAAUUUACCAAAAAAACUACGGAGUUUGUUACAAGCAUGUAUAAUUUUACAAAUAAAAUCAUAUUUUAAAAUUGUA